AUGGACCCUAACCCACCAUCCGGACCACCGGCUCCAGAGGAUCAUGUCCCAUUUCAAUUCGAUCAACCUGAGUCGACAUCACAGCCAACUAAUGAUUGGGCCGAUCUCUAUGGGAUGGACUUUUUCCACCCCAAUGUGUCAUUUUCAGGCCCGUAUAUGACACCUGCAGAAACCGAAAUGCCCAUCUUUGGAGACGGACCCUCGCUCAGCAAUAUAAAGGCUGAGCCAGACUUGGAACAAGACUCUACUCUUGUACAACCAGACUCGACGAUAGAGCCCAUACGGACACGAAGACGUACGAUAGGUGAUCCUGGAACUCCAAUACCCUCGGAAGCAGCCACCCCUAGCAUGAAACGAGCUGCCAGAGCGUGCAGCGACCCCUUAACCCCAGCCGAAUCACUAUCCGCAAGUUCAGCAGCAAUACCGAAUCGCCAUCAGAGCCAGAACCAGAAUCAAAUCAGCAGGGAGAAGAAUCGUGUAGCUGCGAGCAAAUGCCGGAAAAAGAAGAAACAGGAAGAGAAGGCAAUGGAGCAGAAAAAGAACGUGCUGGAGCGAGAACAGACAAUGCUCAAAAGCACAGUAAAGCAAUUGGAGGAAGAAGUCCUCGCCCUCAAGACCAUGAUUCUGCAGCACGGAACGUGCAACUUUCCACCGAUACAAAACUACAUCAACGCCGCCGCGUUGCGACUUCAGGCGUCGGCUCCAAAUGGCUUUGCCACUGCAGUGUAA